GCGGGAAGUUUGGUUAUCUUGUGUUCGAUGUAAUCAGUGUAUUUCUUCUUACAUAAUGUAGUGUUACGAUUAAAUGUACCAAGGAAGAUUAUUGUUUUUUACUUAUCUGUUUCAAAUUAACGCUAUGUUGACCUAUUUUGGUGAUACGGGAAGUAAUUAAGCACAGGAUAAUGAAUUCGGAAGAGUCGGUGACUGACUUAUUAACCAAAAUAAAAGAAUGGACAGUAGACGAAGUUAAAGAGAAAAUAGAUGACGUUGUUCCGGUGUUAGUUAGCACACUGGAAUGCAGUGAGAAGAGCGUUACAUUACAAGCUGUUCAAGUGCUUCUGGGAAGCUGCCUUCAGUGUUUGUCUGUUAACAAUGCUGAAAACGUUUUGCUGCAAUAUGCAUUGCCAACAGUUAGGCAUAUCUUUGCGGAGGCUUUGGAAGGAGUUCAGCUUAUUCUGGCAAGUUCAGAAGAUGAGGAUCAGCUUGUGGAUAGUCUUGUGAGCUUGUUGCAAGUCUGCAUAGAAAUGCUGAAGUGUUUGGAAAUUACCCUGCAGUAUAUUAUUAGCCAAGGAAAUGUUGAUGCAUUUGUUGUACCAAGUGUUCCAAGAAUGGUCAUUGCUGUUUUACAAGAAUCAUUCAAGCACUGUCAGAAGAGUGAGUCUACGUAUGGCAGUGUUUUGCACUUAAUCAGUGAAGUUUUGAUGGAACUGUUCAACAAAUCCCAUGAGGUUCUCCUGAAUUUUUUAGCAGUGCUAUCAGAAAAUUUACAGUUCAAUUGUAUCUUUGAGGAUGAAGUUACACUUUUAACAGAAGUGUUGGAGUCCUUCGGUUAUCUGUGUGAGCACAUGAAAGGACUGGGUGUGAAAGUGUUAGCAGAUUCUUGGAAAGGCUACAUAUUGCUUGUUGAGAAGUACUCAAAGGAUCUGAAACCCUACCUCAAUGUUACAGCACCAAUCAAGUUCCUAGUACAAGAAAUAGCAGAAUUCAGUGACUCUGUAAUGAAUGUUCAAAAUGAAUAUAACAAACCAGAUAUCAUAAAAAACCUGAAGGUGACAUCAUUUCAGCUGAAACUUAUUUUGAAAUUGUGUGAAAGCUAUGCCGGUUACUUAAGUGACAGUUACACAGACUUGUUUCACCUUCUGAUUACACUUCAUAGGCUCUCACCACAUUUCCUGUUGUGGAAGAAAGUUCCCACUGGGAUCGCAGAAGAAAUUGAGAGGUAUCUUUCAAUUGGUGCAGAUCCCUUACUUAGCCAUCUCCUUGAGGACCGUUGUUUUGUACAGGAAUUCUUUGUACAAAUUGAGACAGUAAGUGAAGAUGAAGAUUUACCUGGCUUUAUUGGAUUGUCAAUCGGAAUAAUGAAGAAGCUCACUCACUGCGAACAUAGUACAAGGACAUUAUGGCUAAGUGAGGAUAGUGGUAACAAUCUACUCCAUGUCAUUUUUAGCAAAUUGGACACAUGUCACUCAGUGCUGUCCUCUGCUAUCCGCAUACCUGCCACCGUACCAAAUGGAGAGUUACCAAAGUUGUUGGAUGUUUAUGAAACAAUCCUCAUACACAUUGCAGCUGUAAUUGUUACAACACCAGUGAGUGAAUUUGCUUCUGUGGAGACUUUACUCUUUGAAAACAUCUUUAAGCAUGAUUUCUGGCGGGCUCUUCUAGCUGGAGAUGUCUGGUGUAUUGUGGCCAGGUAUGGCAGUCCAGACUUGUGUCUACAUCACUUAAUGUUAUUAGUGGACAUGUUAAAAUUACUGGAUUGGACUUCUGGAUACAGGCCAGAGGUGGUGCAAAUAAUAUCACUAAUCAAGCGAUUGUACCCACUUUUACCAGAAAAACAUAAAGCACAAAUGAUACAAAGUUAUCCUCUUCUAGAGAACAUUGUGUUGUGGUGUGUUCUGCAACCUUCAUCAGCUGUUACUGAUGCUUCUACUAUGGAUGUUGCUAAAGAGACAAUGCAGCUGAUUGAAGAGUUCAAGCAAGGAUCAUUGUCUUCUGAUAAAUACAAAAAAAUGCUAUAUUUGCUGUCAGCUGCUCCGCAUCUUCUUGAUAACCAGAUAAGCAAAAGUUCCAAUAUUCCACUCAUCCUAAAAAUGACUGAAUUAUGGAAGUGUACAACAUCUUUAGAUGAUGAUAAUAAAAUGAAUAAUACGAAAUCAUUCUCAGUAAUGAAACUGCUGAAAGCUUUGGUCAUUGCAACAAGUAAAUUAAUAGUUAAUGCGAACAAUGCACACAUCUUACUGAUUCUAAAUGGUUUGAAGGAAGUAGCUGAGAAAGGUUCAUCAGCUAUGAAAUUGCAAAUAUUACCUGUACUCCGAGCAUUGGCAUCAAAAACUCUUGACUGUGAUGUUAAUCAACCGAAGGUCUGCCUCGAUAUUGGAGUUUUAUUUGGCACUUUGAUGCAAGAUGAAAGCUCAAUAGUUCGUCAGGCAUCACUAGAUGUUUUUGCUUACUUUGCGUAUGUCACAAAGCAUGAGCAAAUAGUGAUAAAUUCUGUAAGCCGAAGUAAUGUACUACAGAGUCAUGUAGCAAUGUUCCUUAAAAAACAAUUGGCAAAAUUCAAUAAAUUAAAUGCAAAAGAUAUAAAUGAGUAUCUAAAUAGCCAGAAAAAUGUGCAAUUCUGCCACAAGUGCAAAAAAAACCGAACUUUUUGAGGAUGUAACAGAGGAAAAAUCUGAGCAAAAAGCCAAGAAACCAAAAAUUGAUCAGUGUUCCCAGAAUGUCUCUGAAGUUCUUGACAGGAUUGAGGCAGAUACAGCUUUAAUAGUUAAUAUGCUUGAUGAAGAUAGCUUGCCAGAAAUUGCCAGGACAAAGGUAGUAUCCAUUAUGGCACAAUUGGAGGGACUCCUGUGACACAUUACAUUAUGAAAAUUUUAUUAGUAAAAUAAGCCCAUGUGUUGUUAUAAAUUUCCCCAAACCAGUUCACAUAAAUUUCAUUUAUACUUUCUUACACCCACCGAUAAGCCCAAGCCCAAACUCCGCCCCCCCCCCUCCCCUCCCCCCCCCUCUCACACACACACACACACACACACACACACACACACACACACACACCACUGCUAAGUCUCAACCUAUAUCAUAUUUAAUUAAAUCUCUAUUAUUAUUAUUAUUAUUAUUAUUAUUAUUGUUGUUGUUAUUACUACUACUACUACUACUACUACUACUACUAUUAUAACAAAGUUUCAAUAUACUGGAUUGUCAUUGUACUUCAGUUACUGUAAAAGUAGUAAAUGGAAAUAAGACUGAUAUAGACUAGUGUUGUAGGAAUUCAUUAUGUUUCAAAAUGUAAGUAAUUCAUUGCAUUUGUGAGUAAUGAGUAAUAUAAUGAUCCAAAUUAUGUACAAGCUAACAAUUUGUUUGAAGAUACCUCAGUUUUGACUUUUAUUGUUCAGAUGUUAAACCUUGCUUCCUCCUUUUGACUUGACUAUACAAAGGAAAAAGUACCGUAGAUAGAAAGAAAGGAAAGCAGUAGUAUAAGUCCCUUUGGAUGGCAUUAUUUCUCGAGUGCUUACCUAUAACACAAACCAAUUUAAGUACCAGGUUUGUGUGAAUACUGCACAGAAAAACUGUUUGUUUAUAUUGUAACGAAGGUUGUAUGUAGUGAAUAAUUUAAAUCUCGGGUACAUACAAAGAUUUUCUAUUAAUUUGUAAGCAAAAGAGGUAAUUAUUUUUUUUUAAAAAAGUCAUACAAAAGCUUUAAAUUUGUUAAUGUGAUGUAUGUUACGUUUUAUAUUGUACUCUAUGAACUGAGUAAAUGUUGUUGAUCUGGAGAAAACUGCAACUCUGCCCUGCCCUGUGGUGCAAGCACAGAAUAAAGUUUUUAAUGAAAAAGAAAACAAUGU